AAGCCCCAAUUGUCCUUGGAUCAGUCCUCAGACCCCACCCUGCCUCUCAGUUUAUAGGAUCCACACCGCACCCCAACGACAUAUCCAUCUUCCUCCUCCUUCCUCCUUCCCAUUCAUUCUCCUCCCACCUGUUUCUCUCUUCCUCUCUCUCUCUCUCUUUCAUGGACAAAGCUUCAGAGACUAGUAGUAGAGAGACUCAUGACUUCAUGAACGUCGAUUCUUUCUCUCAGCUGCCCUUCAUCCGCCCUGCCCCUCAUAAAGAAAAGCCCAUCAAGCUCUUCGGCAUAGAAUUCGGUUCCCCCGAAGCAACCGCGCCGCCGGCGGACGAUUCUGAAUCCGCCGAAGAAUCAAAUGGGAAGGACAACGCCACCAUCGACAACAGCGAGACUAAUCGGAGAUUUGAAUGCCAUUACUGCUGCAGAAACUUCCCAACCUCCCAAGCCUUAGGUGGCCACCAAAACGCUCACAAACGAGAGCGCCAACACGCCAAACGAGCCCACCUUCACAUGUCCGAAGCUCAAGUCUACAGCCUCGUGAACUACAGGUCCUUCCCUCCACCGACUUCAACGUUAACCACGCCAAUGCCUGCUAGUACUUAUCCUACUUCCGCUGCUUAUAAUAGUGGUGGUGCUAGGUUUUAUGGAAGCCCAUAUUCUCUUCACCAUCACCAUCACCAGCCCAUCAAUGGAAGCCCCUUGGCCUUGUGGCGAAUACCCACCCUCCAAACUAACCCUACCUUCAAUAGUGACCGUUCGUUGAAUCCAUUGCCCUCGUUUGCUGGCGGCGAGGAUAUCAACAUGAGGACCUCAUCGCUACAGCUCGGCGGGUCUGCCUCAACGUUGCAAAACCGGUACGUCGUCCAUGACUCGAAGCCGGGCGUUCAAGACCAUGUGAGUUUGGAUCUUCAUCUGUAACACCAAUUAUAUGUUAUAAUAAAUCUUGAGGUACUUUAGGGUUGAUCGGGGCUCUAUAUAUGCAAAUUAAUAUUAAAUUGCCACUUUUUUCCUCUGAUGGAGUUUUAUGACGUGAUGAUUCUAAGAUGAUCCUCCCAUUUA